UUCUCUUUUAUAAUCUUCUCUCUCUCUCUUCCAACAGUGCGGCAGGAUCCCAUGCUCGGUGCCUCCGAGAUGUUCAACAGCUUUCUAAGAAAAGCCCAGCAGGAGACCCAGCAGAUCCCAACCGAAGAGGUUCCUCUGGAGAUCUACCUGUCUAACGGCCAGAAGGUCGAGGUCAACAUCCUGACCUCCGACCAAACAGAGGACGUCCUGGAGGCUGUUGCGUCAAAACUGGACCUUCCUGAUGAGCUGGUUGGUUAUUUCAGCCUCUUCCUGGUUCGAGAAGGAGUGGACGGGGGAUUAACGUUUGUGAGGAAGCUGCAGGAGUUUGAGUUACCGUACGUAUCAGUCACCAGCUUACGAAGCUCAGAGUUCCACAUCAUCCUGCGGAAAAGUUACUGGGACACGGCGUAUGACACUGAUGUCAUGGACAACCGAGUGGGACUAAAUCUACUAUACGCUCAGACGGUGUCGGACAUAGAUAGAGGCUGGAUCCUCGUUAACAAGGACCAGCACAGACAGCUGAAAUCACUGCAGGAGAAGGGAUCCAAGAAGGAAUUCAUUAGGCUCGGUCAGACGCUGAAAUACUUCGGCUACAUCAAGUUUGACCCGUGCGUGACAGACUUCCCGGAGAAGGGCUGUCACGUGAUCGUCUCCGCUGGCAACAACGAGCUUAACUUCCAGGUCAAGCUGCCCAAUGAACAGAUGAAGGAGGGGAGCUUCAAGGUCACGCGCAUGAGAUGCUGGAGGGUCACUUCGUCUCAGGUCCCGGUAGGGAACGGCUCAUCCUCCCCAACCCCGGGCCCCUGCUCCUCAGCCAAGUGUGAGGUGAAGUUGGAGCUGGCCUUCGAGUAUCUGAUGAGCAAAGAUCGUCUGCAGUGGGUCACCAUCACCAGCCCACAGGCAAUCAUGAUGAGCAUCUGUCUUCAGUCGAUGGUUGAUGAGCUGAUGGUGAAGAAGUCCGGAGGAAGCAUCAAGAAGAUGCUAAGGAAACGUCACAAUGGCCCCCUGCAUCGGUCUGAAAGUCAGCAAGCUGUGAAAUCCCCCCCUCUACUGGACUCUCCUGACCCAAACCGAGAACAGAUUGUCAAACUCUCAACUAAGCUGAGCUCUGUGUCUCUCAGAGGGAUCAGCGCCUCCAACUCAGCCAAUGACAUCAGCGGCAACGAUUUCCAUGGCAACUAUGCCUUCGAGGGGAUCGGGGAUGAUGACCUGUAAUAUUCACCCCUUCCCCACCCUCCACCUGUCGAACGCAAUCUGCAAAGAUUCCAAGCUGAGCCGAGCGGAUUCUGUAAGAUUGUAGCCCUUCCUGGGAGUCUGCUGCCUGCCUUAAGAUCAGUCUUGUCGUAUCAGCUUCACAAAGACUGCCAGCUAUCUUAUGUGUUUCAGGUACAGGAUGACUGACUACCCACUGUCCUCCUGUUUUACAAUCCUACAAUCCCCCCGUAUUCAACUUAAUAAAAUAUCAAGAACAAAUAGAACUAAAAUUACAGUCUGCAGUCUAAUUGACAUUGAAAUUACUAAAACCAAGUGGAAGCUGUGUAUCAGGGAUAAUGAGCCUACGUCUAUAGUCUCUUCUCUCUGUCCAGCUUGAUAAGUCAUUUAUAGUCUCUUCUCUCUGUCCAGCUAGCUGACAGUCAUCUAUAGUCUCUUCUCUCUGUCCAGCUAGCUGACAGUCAUCUAUAGUCUCUUCUCUCU